AACCCGCCUAAAUCCACGAACCACGACGAGGAACGGACUUUGCAGCUGCCUCGCACUCGAUGUGGCCGGGGUGCUUCGAGUGCUUUAAAAAAAAGUGUUCAGCCCAAGCCUCCCUUUAAACUUGGGACGUCAGAUUAUUAUACGAUAAAACUAAAAGAUUCGUUUUUACAUAUUUGCUUCCUGUUUUGAGUGUAAAAUGGAAACUCCGCCACCGGAACCCCCUCUGAGAAGGACGACGCGUUCAGCCCUGGUGGAAAUACCAGCGAGGAUGGGUGCCCUGUCUGUCUCUGAAAACAGACUUAAUGCUCGACUUCAUCCUGUAAACACCAAUAACAUCAUGACUAAUCUUAAUGUUGAUAUCAAUCAAAUCAUACUGCCAAAUUCGUAUAUUUCACCCGCUCCUUCACCUGAUGAGCUUGUGAUCCAAGCGAGGGGAAGAAGAAGGAUGCCUCCAUGGUCACCGCCCGACGUAUCCACCCCUCCGGGCAUUAGAAGGACAGGCGAUUCUCCGAACAGAAAGGAACGGACGCCGAUUAAACCUGGUGUUCAGUUUUCACCGAAUGGAAAGAGCACGAUCGUUCUUAGAAGCACACCUAGGAAGCGCCUUCUGAUGAGCGACCCGUUGGAUGUGAGUUGCUCUCCAGAAAAAAAAAUCCAUGUGGCAUCACCGAGUGUAAAAAAAAUGAAAAUCGAGCUACCCCCGGUCCAAGGUCCUGUGGAAAUCACUUUAAAAGCGCUAUCACAAGAACAGUUGAUUAAUGUUAUAAGUGGUAUAAUUUCAAGACAUCCAGAUUUGGAAGAGGAAAUAAAAUCAAAACUUCCUGCACCAGAUUUAAAACCAUUGUCGGAUAAGCUCCAUGAACUUAGAAAAAAUAUAUACAAAUGCUUGCCAAAUUCAAGACUUACGUCAAAAACGGACUCACCGGCUUACAACAGGGCGUCAACACAUGUUCUCACUUUUAAGAAAGCCAUUUUGGAAGCGGGAAAGGUUCUCACAGCUAGCCAACAAUGGGAGGCUGUCAUCGCUUUUGUAAUUUUAGGAUGGGAGCAAACCGCUCUUACUCCACUUUGGGAAAAUCCACCUCACAAUGUCGCGAGGAAACAGUGUUUUAAAUUCCUCGCUGCCCAGUGCAUGACAGCUUUGAAAAAACUAAUUCACAUUCCGAAGGAAGAGGCGGAAAGGAUUCAUUUAAAGCUCAUAGGAUUCAUAAAAGACAGCGAAGAAAUAAUCCCUUGUGUUGCACAACUCGAAUCUAUGAUUGGAAAGGCUUAGUUGUCAAAAAAUAUUUUAUUGAAAGUACUUGAAAUGAAUUGUUACCUUACGUUUGCGCUCAAAUCCUUUUUUUGUGGUUGACUAACUGUUACCUUUAAAUAGUGCCUUAAAUUAAUGUUUUAUUGAAAUUUUAAAAAAUAAAUUUAUACAAAUUUUGGUUUCAUUAGUACUAAUGGAUUUUUAUGAAUCAGUUUGCUUAAAAAAAAAAAUUGUCUUUGUCAUUAUCAUUGCAGUUAAAUUCCCAGUCUUUAUACUGGUUUUUGUGAUUGAUUCACAUUUGUUACGCUUUGUAUUUAUUUAUAAUUCAUGUAGUAAUAUGUUGUAGUUAAAAAGUUGAAUGGUUCUGAUUUUUUGUAUUAAAUAGACUUUUUUUUUUUAAUAGUUGAAAUUAUGGUAGGUCUUAGUUAGAUUUGACCGAGUUUAGACUGAUAUCGAGGAAUUGAUGGUUAUUAUCAUUGUUAGAAAGGAUCAGAGAAUUGUAAUGAUUAAUUUAACAUGAAAAAAAAAAUUCAACUUGUAUAGAAUCAUUUUAGAAAUACAAUUUUUAUAUUAUUUUAUUGUUUAUUUUAUGUAAUUAUAUGGUAGCAAAAUAUCUGUUGAGUACAAAUUCUAAACUUUUUUUUUCAAU